AUGAUAAAUCACCAAGAUUAAGCUUCAUUUGAUGAUAGUCGUUUGUAAUAAGAAAUGAAACAAACUGCUUAAUUUUUUAAUCCAUAAUUGAGCUCAUUAGGCUAAUCCAUUAGAUUCUAAUAAAAAUAAAUAUAAAAAGUCCCCUUCAAAUCUCCUAAAGAAUAAGCUUUCAAAAUUAGUUCAGAAGGCAAAAAGAAUUUAUAAUCUCAGAUUAACACAGAAAAAAGACCUUCUCAAACCUUAAAAAAAGUCAUAAAUACUAAAUCUACUAAAUAGUUCGCAUAAAAUAAUCAUAUUACUCCUGUUAUGAAUAAACUUAGGUAUGAAAUUAUAUCUAAUUAGCUCCCCUCCUAAAUUAAUUAAAGUUCCUUUCAUCAAACCAUUUUCACCACCUUAACCUAAAACAAACCAUGAAUAAAUUAAUAUAGUCUAGAACAAUUCUGUUGCACCUGGCUUUCAAAGAAACACCAACAUUAAGCUCGGUUCACCACUUAAAAUUUCUGAUAAUGAAUUUAAUAUUAGUAUGGCUGAUUUAUAACCUAUUCGAAAGCAUAUUCCUAUCAAACAAACUGAUGAAUUCAAUAAACCUGGAUACCCUUCUUAUCAAAAAUCAUUAUUAGAUAGUGGGUAAUCUCAUUAUAAUACUGAAUAAAUGUAAAAAUCAAACUCAACUGCAUUUUUACCUCGAAUUAAUUAAGCAAAAAAAAAUAACAAUAAUCAAUUCAUUGGAUAUGGUUCAAUAGGACAAUAAUCUUAAUAAGAGACUGCUCUAAGAACUAAUUCCUCAAAAUAAACUAUUACUCCUGUCAAUGAAUUUAUAAGUUGCAAUCUCCCUAAUGAUGAUGUAGCUAGAAAAUCAAGAACCGCAUAAGUACAUCUUAGAGACUCUCAAGAAUCUCAAAAUCAAAUGAAAUCAGCAUAUAAAUUAAAUAAUAUUGAUAAACAAGAUCAUUUCAAUCAGCUACCAUAAAUUUAAUCCCCUUAAGCAAGCACUAAAUAAUAGUUUCAAUCAACUGCAGGUUCAUAGAAACAAAAGAACUUUCUGUAAAGAACUCCUUAAAAAAUGAUAAUUGAUCGAUUAUUUUCAUCAAAAUCUGACAAUAACUAAGUUAUUUGA